UCAAAUGAUUGCAAUAAAUAAUUUUAUUGCGUUUUUGUGUAUUUUGUAAAUUUUAUUCUCUAUCAGCUAUGAGUUCUACCGCUGAAGAAUCAUCUAUUCCUAAAGAAAUGACUUUUGCUGAAAAACAAGCCGAAAGAAUGAAGAGACUUCGCUCUCUCCACACAGCGAGAAACGAAGCGAGGUCGCACAACCAUCAAGAAGUUGUUGCUGAGGAAGCCAGGAAUAAGUUGCCACCUAAUUACGAAGCGAAACGUCGCCAAGCAGAGUGGUUGAUGGAAGACCAGAAGAAGCGGGAGGAGGCAGAGAGUGAAGGGAAAAGUUACGACAGAGUGAAGCUCUUGAACAUUUCUGCAGUGGAGGCAGAGCGUUUGGAACGUAAGAGGAAGAAAAAGAAUCCUGAUCAGGGCUUUUCCAGUUACGAACAGGCUACAGUUCGGCAGUAUAACAGGCUCGUUAAAAAUAUGCCAUCAGCUGACAUGGAGCAGUAUGAAAAACAAAAACAAAAGUAUGGCGAUGCAUUCUAUGGUGGUCCCAAUGUGAUAUUGCAUGGAAUGCAUGAAGAUCGCAAAGAUGCAGUGGACAGGAUGGUGAAUGAUCUGGAAGGGCAGAUUGCCAAGAGAGCUAAAUACUCCAGAAGGCGUACUCAUAAUGACGACGCUGACAUUGAUUACAUCAACGAGAGGAACGCUAAGUUCAACAAAAAGUUGGAACGAUUCUAUGGGGAGCACACAGCGGAGAUUAAACAGAAUUUGGAACGUGGUACAGCCAUAUAGUUCUUGUGCAUCUGCAGUGUUUUAUUAUAAGUUUUAAGUACUUUAUAUUGUAAAGGCUAAUAUUACUUUCUAAAAAUGUUGUCGUUUCUUUUCUCAUACUCUGGAAAAGUUGUUCGACCAGGGCACCGGCCUAUCUAUUCAAAUUAGGACCUUAACUGUCAUGUUUUUGGAGUAAUAUUUACUGUAAAUAGUAUUUUGUAAGAUAAUCUCUUGGGAAAUAAUGAAAUUCAAAAUAUAAACAAUUUCAAUAACAAGUUUAUUUUGAUAAAUGUGCUGAUUAAAUAAAAAAAAUAGUACAUAAUAUCAAAUACAUAUUUUACAUAAUGUAAAUAAACUAUAAAAGCAAUGUAUACUUGUAAACAGUGUGUGACAAGUUCACUUAUUUCCAUGAUGUACAUUUUUUUCUGCUUGACUCAAGUAAUUGACUAAUUAAUACUUGAUUACUGUUUUCAUUGAUUACAUUUUCCUAUUAAAUAUUUUAUAAGUUUUUCAUUUAUAGCCCUAUCUAAUAAAUUGUGUAUACUUUUUACAAUAACUUAUUGUUAUUUAAAAUUGAAGUGUUAAAAUUAACACUUAAAAUGUAUUUUUCUAACAAAUAGUAAAUUUAAUAUUAUUUCAUGUAGGAUACUCAGAAGUCUGGAAAAUAAUUUAAGUUAGGACAUUUGAUUAUCUAAACCAGAUUUUGUAAUAAAGAUAAGAGAGUUUGUAUUAUGUAAAAUGAAUUAUUAUUAUAGACAAAGGUAUUACUUUCGAUUUUUAUUAAUAUGAAACCUUUGAAGAACAGUAAAAUGCCCUAGCCUGACUGUUUUUUCAAUAUUAUAAUGUAAAGCAUUCUAUAUUUAUAGUUGAUGCUAUACCUACAUAUUAAAAUAAUAUAAUUACGUAUUUAUAUAAAAUGAGCACAAGUUUUAUACAGAAAGAAAUGCUUAGGUAAUAAUGUUUACAUA